AUGGGACCCUACAGCGCCGGCGUGUUUAACCCGCGCAUGCUCGACGCCAGCAUCCGGGACAUCGUCGCCCGCCUCGGCGACGAUCAGAAGGCGGAGGUGCUGCUCUACGCUGCUCGGCUCAUGGGCCCGGACAGCUCUAGAUCGCUCGUCGAGAACGCGGUCCAAUCCUGCCUCCAGAUCCCGGCCCUCUCGCCCACCAACCAGGCCAAGGCCCGGCUCCUGCGCGUCAAGGCCAGGCUCGCCGCAGGCGUGCAUCAAGGCGUGCACCAAGAGCUCCAGGCCAUCCUCGCGCUCGACCCUGAUCACCCGGAUGCGAAGGCGCUCCUUUUCCGCGGGCGGCCCCAGCCCAAUGGCGGCCCUUGCCAGCAGACCCUCCAGUUCCACAGCGGCCCGCGCUUCUCGACCGAAAUCUGGCGCGAGAUCCUCUCCCACCUCCCCCGGCGCGACCUCAAAUCCGUCCUCGCCGUCCAGCACGGCAUCUCGCGCAUCGCCGGCCGGCUGCUCUUCCGCGAGCUCGACCUCCACUUCGGCGUGCUCCCGCCGCGGUUCGCCCGCCCCGCGUCCGACGAGGACGACAAGGAGAGGAAGGUGGACGAGGUGAGGGAGACGGCCGAGCUCGAACGGUGGCACGCGAAGCGCUGCGCGGACGUGUUGACGCGCGUCAUCGUCGACCCCGAGUUCGCGCGCGUGGUGAAGACGCUGCGCAUCAUCGCGCCUCUGAAGGAGGACAGCAUCAUGACCUUCCAGACCGGCAUGCUCGCGAACGCGCUCCCGAAGCUCGUCAACCUCCAAAACCUCUGCUGCCAAGCGCGGUACGCCGACAUGGUCGCCAUCCUCGCCAUCCUCCAAGCUUCGACGCCCAAGAUCCAAGGCCUCUCGCUCACCCCGAUCGACUUCGCCGAAGCGAUCCACGCCCCGAACCUGCGGCACCUCACCCAGCUCGCGUACCAGACCACCGACCCGCGCGCGCCGCCGCCCGGCGCGCUCAUCGCGCAAAACCGGGACUCGCUCCGCGCCGCGCGCCUGCACGGCCCCUCGUGGUCGAUCCCGGGCCCGGCGCUCCCGCUCCUGCCCGACGCGAAGGACGGCGGCGUGGACGCGUACCCGUUCCGGCUCGGCCAGCUGACCUCGCUCCGGUUCGACGGCUUCGCGCGCGACGCGGGCGCGCUCGCCGCCGUGCUCGAGCACGGCCGCGCGCUCGAGACGCUCGCGCUCGAGCUCCACCUCGACUGCGCGCUCUCCGGCGCGUUCCGCAAGGCGGCGGCGCAGGGCGGCCGGGCGGGGGCGCUGCCGCGCCUGCGGCGGUUCGCGUUCGCGGUGACGGCGGUGAGCGGGAACGUGCCCGCGGACCCGGCGCUGUUCCCGGCGCUGUGCGAUUUCGUGAGGAACAGGCAGGGGUUGAGGUGGCUGAGGUUGAGGGCGCCGGGGAGCUUGAGCGGGCAGAGGAAGCUGGGGUACGACGCGGCGGUGUGGGGCGUGUUGCCGAGCUUGCCCGGGCUGAGGGGUCUGGGGAUGACGAUGCCGGAGAGCGUGGCGCCGCAGUUGGCGAUGUGGUUGAUACCGAGGGGGUUGAGGGCGCUGAGCUUGUGGGAUUUCCCGACGGGGGACCCGGUCGGGUUCGUGCAGCAAUUGAGGGGAGGCGUGCCGCCGACGUUGAAGUUUGUCGAGCUGGACACGGCGCCGUCGGCGAUGCUGCCCCGGAUCGUGCAAGAGGGCUUCCCGAUGGUGAACGUCGUGUGCGCGGGGGACACGUACUGGUCGGUGAAACAGCCCAAGGCGGAGGACGUCCCCGUCGGUGAUUCAGCGGACGGUAAAGAGGGGAAUGGCCUCGUGCUCGAGCGCUGGUCUGAGCGGCGGGUGCGGUAUUACGCGAGGGAGUGGUUGGAGUGGUACGGAUGCGAGGACGCGCGAUGGCCCGGGUUCGAGGACUUUGACGAUGUUUAG